AGCAUGUGGUGCGUCAUCUGGUCAGAAGCAGCAGAACUAGUGGGUUGUGGCAGCUUUCUUGCCCUACGUUAUUUUCUUCGCUGGACAUUUGGACAGAAGAACGUGAUACAAAAAUGAGAUGUGUGAAGUCUCUUCUGGCAUCAACACUACUCUGGACACUUCUUAACUCGUGCACAGGAUUUUAUUUACCCGGUCUGGCUCCGGUAAACUACUGCAAACAAGGAGCAACGACAUCUCAAUGCCAAUCAAAGGUUAACCUCUUCGUCAACAGGCUAGACUCGGACGAAUCUGUCAUCCCUUACGAGUAUCAUCACUUCGACUUCUGCACGACUAGCGAGCCGACUUCUCCAGCGGAAAAUUUGGGCCAGGUCGUCUUUGGUGAACGGAUACGUCUCUCUCCGUACAAUGUGAACUUCCUGGAGAACAAAACAUGCACCCCUCUGUGCACCAAGCAGUAUUCGAACAGCGAUCCCACCGAAAUGGCCAAGCUGGAACAGUUGAAGAAAGGCAUGAUGAAACAGUACAAGCACCACUGGAUCGUCGACAACAUGCCUGUAACAUGGUGCUACAUGAUCGACCAUCCAACCAAUCAGAAGUACUGCUCCAUGGGGUUCCCGAUGGGUUGCUACAAUUAUCGUACGAGCCAGCCCAAAGGACUGUGCGGGGUCUAUUCGUCUUACUCUCAACCGCAAACGUUCUACAUCUUCAACCACGUCGACCUCAUCAUCUCUUAUCACAAGAGCGACAAAGAGUCGUGGGGAAGUUCGUUCAUCGAAGAAGGCGGAAGGAUCAUAUCCGUCAAGGUUCAGCCCAAGAGCAUAAAACACACUGUGGUGGGAGACGCUAUUUCGUGUGACACGACGGAGCCCAUGACACUGGCCCUGAAGACCGAGAAAGAUGUCUCGAUCACCUACACGUAUAGCGUUACCUUUGAGAGAACCGACUCUAUCAGAUGGUCAUCACGAUGGGACUACAUUCUUGAGUCCAUGCCGCAGACAAACAUCCAGUGGUUCAGCAUUCUCAACAGCCUCGUAAUUGUGCUCUUCCUCACCGGCAUGGUAGCCAUGAUCUUGAUGCGGACGCUGCACAAGGACAUUGCCCGUUACAACCAAAUGGAUUCCGGGGACGACGCCCAAGAGGAGUUUGGCUGGAAGCUGGUGCACGGAGACGUGUUCCGACCGCCCCGGAAAGGAAUGUUCCUCUCCGUUCUCUUGGGGAGUGGUUCACAGAUCUUUGCCAUGACCUUCAUCACUCUGUUCUUUGCCUGCAUGGGUUUCUUGUCCCCGGCCAAUCGAGGAGCACUGAUGACCUGUGCCAUGGUGCUGUUUGUGUGCUUGGGGACACCUGCUGGCUACGUGUCUGCCCGUAUCUACAAAGCAUUUGGUGGUGAGAAAUGGAAAUCCAAUGUCCUGCUGACAUCCCUUGUCUGUCCAGGCAUAGUGUUCAGCAUCUUUUUUAUGCUGAAUUUGCUUCUGUGGGCCAAGGACAGCUCGGCCGCCGUGCCCUUCACUACCCUCAUAGCUCUUCUGGCUCUGUGGUUCGGCAUUUCUUUGCCGCUCACUUUCGUCGGAGCGUACUUUGGAUUUAAGAAAAGGACGAUGGAGUAUCCAGUGCGUACGAACCAGAUCCCCCGCCAGAUUCCGGAGCAGUCCCUGUACACGAAGGCCCUUCCUGCCAUCUUCAUGGGAGGCAUCCUGCCCUUUGGCUGCAUUUUCAUCCAGCUUUUCUUUAUCCUCAACUCCAUCUGGUCGAGCCAGAUGUACUACAUGUUUGGCUUCCUCUUCUUGGUGUUCAUCAUCCUGAUUAUCACCUGCUCGGAAACCACCAUCCUCCUCUGCUACUUUCACUUGUGUGCUGAGGACUACCACUGGUGGUGGCGAUCGUUCCUGACGAGUGGCUGUACUGCCUUCUACCUGUUUGUCUACUGCAUCCACUACUUCACUCGACUGAGCAUCACGGGCGUGGCGUCCACCUUCCUCUAUUUUGGCUAUACCCUCAUCAUGGUCUUCCUCUUCUUCCUCCUCACAGGAACCGUGGGAUUCUUCGCAUGCUUUUGGUUUGUCCGCAAGAUUUACAGCGUCGUCAAGGUGGACUAAAGAUUUUUUUCACACGCAUGAAAACGGGGGGUUCUGCUGCAUUCUCCACCAUGCUUGUUACGUACAUCGAUACUCUACCACACACGCACGAAAAAAAAAAAAAAGACACUGAUGACAGGGUGGGGUUCUGCUAUUGGUCUGUUACUCCCUUUCCUGUUUUUAAUUUUUUUUGUAACUGAACAAGUGCUUCUAAAGUAAAGCAGCUGCGGACGUUUUCUUCAUUGACUACAUUUCUGUUAAAGAUGUUUAGAGGUUUUCUUUGAUUGAGUGUAAAUUUUUAUCUUAUGGCGCGUCGUUAGGCUGAAAGAUAAAAACUGUCAAAAGGUA